AUGCCACUGAUUGAAGAGUCGCACGACUCGCUUCCAUAUAUUGAUAAUGAUGUCUCAGAGAAAGAGCGCACCCGAAUCAGUCGAUUAAUAGCAGCAGAGUUACCUCCGGACGCACGGAGCACACUUCAUCCCUCUAUACCUCCCGAACCGAAUUUCAAUGCUUCCGAAUUGAUUCAACAGGAGCUCCAAAGGAAGGCCGUUGGGCAACCGAUUACAGGCGGCGUUGAUCUUUCUCGCUAUGAGGAACCAGAAGGUCCUUCUGAUGACAACAAUACCGAAGCUUGGAAGCGGUCGUUGCAAAAGGCGUACACCUCGAGCAUUUACCUUUCAGGACGAAUAUCGAAUCUAUCAUUACUGGAAGAGUUGGGUAAAAAUGCUUGGUUAAUUGGAAACUCCCAACUGGAAAAUAUCCUAGCUCAACUCGAGAAAGAGCUGGAGGGGCUCAAGGCUGCUACGGAAAAUGUCAACAAGUCUAGAAAAGCAGCUCAAGAAGGUUCUAGAGGUGAAAUGACGGGUCUGGAGGAGACUUGGAGGCGUAGUAUUGGAAGAAUUCUUGAGGCAGAGGUGGCCGUGGAGGAAUUAAGAAAACAGAUACUGGACGAGAGGCGACAACAAGCUGGCUGA